AUGUGGGUCAGACUGGUCCUCAAAGAGCCAGACUCGAUCUGGGACCAUGUGGGUCAGACUGGUCCUCAAAGAGCCAGACUCGAUCUGGGACCAUGUGAGUUAGACUGGUCCUCAAAGAGCCAGACUCGAUCUGGGACCAUGUGGGUCAGACUGGUCCUCAAAGAGCCAGACUCGAUCUGGGACCAUGUGGGUCAGACUGGUCCUCAAAGAGCCAGACUCGAUCUGGGACCAUGUGAGUUAGACUGGUCCUCAAAGAGCCAGACUCGAUCUGGGACCAUGUGGGUCAGACUGGUCCUCAAAGAGCCAGACUCGAUCUGGGACCAUGUGGGUCAGACUGGUCCUCAAAGAGCCAGACUCGAUCUGGGACCAUGUGGGUCAGACUGGUCCUCAAAGAGCCAGACUCGAUCUGGGACCAUGUGGGUCAGACUGGUCCUCAAAGAGCCAGACUCGAUCUGGGACCAUAGGUCAUGUGACCACAGAGGUCAUGUGACCACAGAGGUCAUGUGA